AAAGCCCCACCUCCCUAAAACCCACUUCAAUGUAGAUCAUUUUUGCCUCUAAUGAUGUCAGGAGAUAGAAAUAAGCAUAAUAAUACAAAAUAUUUACUAUGCAAAUUGCCAUACAUGUAACUGUGUGCCGUUGCUAACAAUGGCAUGACAAGUCUUCAUACAAUAUGCCACCUCAAAAUCUUUUUUUGAUGAUUUUUUUUUGACAAAGCAGUAAGUAACUAUGACAGUUUGAAUGUUAUAAAAUGUAUAAUGCACAUCCAAAUUUUGUCCCCUUAAAAAUUUCAAAUUAACAAGAAAUUGUGUUUUUCACUUCAGAUUAGAGGGUAGUAGUAAGUCAUGUACAAUCUUUAGAGGGUUCAUGGAGAUUUUUAACAUUGUAUUUGUCACCCAUGAAACCAUCAUCACCACUGUUGCUGCAACUAAGUUUUUUUUUUCACUUACUGCACAUAGGGGUGCAGCCCCCUUCCGAGAAAAUAAAUAAAAUAAAAAACCACUUAAAAUAUUGGAUGAUCUACCAAAUAAACAAGGUUUGAAUUGUGAUAAUAACAUUUUUUUUGCAAUUAUUAUUUCUAAAGGGGAAGUUCACCCUGAUAAGAAGUUUAUUAUAAAAAUAGCAGAAAAAAUAAUUUAUAAUAUUGGUGAUUGUUUGAGGAAAAUCUGUGAUAGAUUAAGAGAGUUAUUAGAUUUUUUUUUAUUUGUGACGUCAUAGACGAGCAGCUGUCCCAUGUGUUAUGUAAAAAAAAAGCCUAAAUUUCAACUUUUUGAUGGUCCAUGAUGACUAGUUAAUUUUUUUUUCUUCCAGGAGCAGGUGUAAAAUGAUUUGUAUGUUGAUAUACUGAAGAUACAGUAAAAUUAAUUUUCAAUUUUUUUGAGAAAAUGACAUUUCAUUGAUUUUUGUCUCACCUGAACGAAGUUCGGCAGAGACCUAAAACAUGUAGUUUUAAUUCACGAUACAUGGAAAUCUGCUCGCAUAUGACAUCACAAAUCAAAAAAUUAAACUCCUAAUAAUAACUUUAAAAAAAUCUCUGAUAGAUUUUCCUCAAGCCUUCAUCAAUAAUUUUAAUUGAUUUUUUCUGCCAUUUUUACAAACAAAAAUUUUGUCAGGGUGAAUUUCCCAGUAACACAUGAGCCUAGAGUGUAAAUGACUCUGAGGCGUGUGACCUGUGGAUAGUGCAUUUUAUCAUUUAGAAGCAGAUAAUGCAAUCCUGCCAUCUACUGCUGAAACUAUGCCAGGUCAAAUACUCUCCACUAUUCUUGUUCACUCGAAAUAUCAGUUAAAAUUUCAAAGCAUUAUGCACUGUAUUUCAUUGGAAUAAUUUACGCUGAAAAGGGAGAAACACUAAAAAAGUACUUUGUUCACAGUUGCUAAAUGAAUGUAUGUAUGUAUACAUGUAUACAGUACAUAAUACAUGUCGGCGCCUAGGCGGGCAAAUAACUAGAAAAAUACAUGUAUAACAUUUAUAAAUGUUCAUUCAUACAGAUAAAUCUCUAGUAAAAAAAUCACCCAUUAAAUUCAAAGCAAUUUUUCAGACAAAAAUAUGAACGUAUGCAUUGACUUCUUUAAAGUUGAAUUUUGCCUAUAAAGUCAAAUAUAUUUCUAAAUUCUCAAAAGAAUCAAAUAAGGAAUGCUGUCUAGCAAUGCUUAACUCAAAAUGAGUGAAUAGACGGGUAGGGUAUAUAAUUCUUUUUGGUAAUUAGACCCCGUUCUCAUUACACUUUCUAAAACUAGUUAACUGGAAACCGGUUCAGGAAGCCAGUUUGGAAGAUCGCUUUGCUAGCAUUCCCAUUUGAUCACCCGAAAGUGGUAUUUCAAAAUCACUUCACGUAAAGUGAUCUUGUUGCUACGGGAACGCUCUCAGUGGGAUGACACGUUUCGCGUGAAAUUUGCAAACCGCAGUGUAGGCAUUCUACACACAGUAGGUGGAGUAGCGUGCUCAAAAUGUGCGAAGAUCGCUUCCCGAAGAAUGGUUCUGUCCUCACGCUAAAACCAGUUUAACGAAGCAAAGCGAUCUUGAAAACUACAUCGCGAGGUGGUUUUAUGAACCGGUUCGGAAGAUAGCUUCCAUGAUCACUUCAACCGUUCUCUUUACACGUAAAACUAGUUUCCACUAAACUAGUUUUAGGAAGGUAGUGAGAACGAUGUCAUAGAGUAAUGCUUAUGAACAUUUGAGUUUGUUUUCUCACACACUUUCAUGUAUCUGGUUGAUAUUGGUAUGUUCAUGCGCAAAAUGCUAUUAAAUGGCAAAAGUUCCUUUGAUUGGUUUCAAUACCAAAUUGCACACUGUACAUAUAGGAUCAGAUUGAGAAACACAUCUUCUGACACCUCUAUGAAGGUUAUAACAGAGUUUGUCCAUUCAAGUUUGGAAAUAACCCGAAGCAUAGUGACAGGACCAGUGACAGGGUCUAUCAACUCUGUGUCACAUUUAGCCACAACAUAUACAGUUGUAGCUCUCCAAAGGAAGUGAAAAGACAACAGGGGGAAAAUGAAUAUUGUUACUCACCUAACGACGGCACAGAGGCCAGCUUGUUGCCCGUUAUUCCUGCUGUCACCCAUGGUGAGAAAGUGUGUCAUCCUUCAAUAAACUGCGGAUAGAGACAACUGAGAGAGUAGCAAUUCCUGAGAGUGAAAAGAAAUGCUGAGAGCCAGAGAGCUGCAUACGACUGUGGUUCUCGAGUCGUAGAGUCUGUCCACAAGGCUGAAAUCCUUUUGUGGCAUUGUGUCAAACACAUCCGCAGCCAUAGAACAUGCCAUGGACAUGGGAGUCAGGAAAUCAAACUUGGCAAUAAGCAGACGAGGUCGACUGAAUCGAUGGCUGAACACCAAGAAGCCAACCUGGCAUGGUGUGUACAUGUAGCUAAUACAGCACUUUAAAAAACCUUUGUUUCCUGAGCAAAGGAUUUCCUCUGAAAGGAUGUUCAACAUUUUCCUGCCCUGCUCUGCAACCAUUAAAAGUUUUAUCGGAAAAGUGCUCUGAAGUGGGUGUGGGUGAAGGCUCUUGAAGUUUCCCUAUGCAGUUUUAAUCAGCGCUUUAAAGGAUCCAGCAUUUGGCAACUUCCUGAUGCAGAUUUUUAUCUUGUUGAUGUCCCUCGGUCAGAGCGAGUGGUUGCUUGUAUAGGGUAUUCCUCUCUGCAUGUGCAAUGUAGUUGGAACAAUUGCAUGCAGUACACAUGAGAGCAGACUGCAGAGCAGACAAACCAGAGACAUAACUAUAUAUCAGUUCUUCAAAUCAUCAAAGCAUAGACGGACUUGAGUCGCGUUGCCAUGCAGAUCUGCAGAUAAUAUUCUCUGUCCUUUUGGAUCAUACGUUCGGAGAAACCGAGGCCUAUGAAAUGGAUUAUUGGAUUAAUUGAUAGGAUUAUCCAAGUUGAUUGUUUUUGUUGAUGAGGAUUUCCAAGCAGGAUCAAAGCCAUUCUAUAUAGCAGAGCUUGUUGUAAUAACCAUUUUGGAUUGUCAUGUUGUUCUACACAAUGUUCACAACACAGAGGAAACUGACCCACUAGUGUCUCUUAAUGAUUGUCACUGAAAAUAUGCUGGUGGGUGCUUCCCUGGACCAACAUGCACUUCAAGUUAACGUGUAAUUGCUAAGAAAUUAUGAAAGAAUGUCAUGGACCAUAGCCUCUACUUUAUAUUAUCAGCCAGUGUUUAAUCUGGAUAUCAUUCAAUGAAUACCAGAGCUGUAGAGAGUGUCUGGUCACAUCCAUACUUAUUUAUCUUGAAGUUGCAAAACAUUAAGUUUGGAAAUUUAAAGUGAAUGUUGAUAGCUUCAUCAGUUACCCAAUGAUCAAUAAGCAUUGGAGUGGCCAAGUGAGGAAUAAUAUUUUGAGUGGCUCGGAGAGUUGAAGAUAGCUACCUGCUUGAUCGUAAAGAUCAGAGUCAAGAGAAGUGUUCAGUCAUCGCUUUUCGAGAACUACAUGUACUUGUAAUUACCAAGUGAAUCAAAAUGGAGGAUUCUACCCCAAGCAGGACCAGUCAGAGUUUCAGAAACAAACAACUGAAUCGCUUAUCGGGUGUCUUCAAGCCCAUGUCGAAGAACAGACCGAUGAGCACGGGGAGCUCGAGUGUCUUUCGCAAGCCCAGCUUCACGGGACAUUUCGCCCGCGGCAAUAGCAGCAGUAGCAGCAGCGCAAGUAGCAGUAGCAGCAGCAGAGGGAGCAGCGGAGGGGGGAGUAGCGUCUUAGGGAGUGGCUUAGGGAUCAGUGGAGGGUUCAGUAGAUGGUCCUCGAGGGAGGGGUCCAAGAAGAGGCCGGCACCGCCCCCUCCGGAAAGCCCAGGGGGAUCCCCGAGGAGGACGGGAACUAGGUCUUCCGGGUAUAAGCCGGUCUUGAGGAUGGUUAAAACCAAACCAAGACUAAAAGGUUUGUCUGGGACUGGUCUGUUGAUGUCGGUCAUUAGAACACUCUCUGCAAGCGAGGACGAGCAGCAGCGGGGUGUGGAGAAAGCGAGACUAGAGAAGGCAUAUAGGGAGUGUGACAGGAAACUUGAUAAGCUUAUUACAGUAAACUAUGACACCCUCACCAAAACCAUCCAAGCAUACAGCAGCAUCUCAGGGCGGAUCAAGAAUGCGAGGGAGAGGACCAAGGUCGUCAAGGCGGACCUUCUAUCCUGCAAGGAACUCCUCCACUGCAGAAGGGACGAGCUACGCAAGCUAUGGCUGGAGGGGAUCGAACAGAAGCAGGUCCUAGCACUCCUUGAUCAGAUUGAAGACGUAAAGAGUGUAUCCACCCGUCUUGCCACAUUCCUAGCCAACAAACACUACCUUCAUGCCACCGAGCUCUUGACCAAGACCAUGGGUCAGUUGGAUGGGGACCUCAAGGGGGUCGAGGCCCUCAGUGAGACCAGGAUAGAGAUGUUUGCCAGGAAAGAUCAACUCAACACAACACUUCUCAUGGAACUCAGGGAUCACCUUUAUGAGAAAUCAGCCACCACAUUCCAAACGAACUUCAACCGCGGCGGAUCCCUCCGAGGAUCGGGUGGGAUCGGAGGAGACGCAUCGCCCAAGCUUUCAAGGAAACAAGCCCUCAUAGAGAUGGCAGGAUCAGCCAGGAAGGCAGCCUCAAAAACACCAAGAAAAUCACCUAUGUUGAGCGAUAGCUCUGACGAGGAGAAUCGACCCAUCACAGAAGACCUGACAUUGGAUCCCGAGACCAAUGUAGAUCAUUACAUCGCCAUCUUGGUGGAAUCACUGUCAUUACUGAAGAGAAUACCAGAGGCUGUUGAGGCAAUCAAGGGUGAAGUACAGUCCGAGCUUGCAAAGAUUGUUCACAAGUCAACAGCAGACGUUGCUGAUAACGCGAAGCAGCGAGGAGAGAACAUCAUGCAGCAGAACCAACCCAAACUCCUAGAAGAACUCCUAGAUCUAAUCUUUGAGAGGUUCAAGUGCGUAGCAUCGGCUCACAUGUGUGUCCUAGGUGCUCUACAGAGGAUAACGACGAGUGGAGAUGUUCAGCUCUACACCAUGGGGGAUAUCUGGUCAAAGAUACAGACGCAGCUUCAAAUGAUCCUGAGUAGUUACCUUGAUGUUAGGAAUGUAACAGCUACAGCCCAGCAAGCCACUUCAGCAUUCACUGAAGUCAGUGCUAGUGAUCUGAAUACGUAUUUCAGCAGACGAAAGCAAGUUAGACAGAGAAAGGUUCCUCUAUUCCGCUUUGAUAUGUCAUCCCAUGCUAUUAGUAUGACAAACUAUAUGAGAGAGCAGAAACAAGAGUUUUAUGGCUCGGAUGGUCAAGUGUUAGCGGAGGAUGAGACGAGCGAGCAGACGCAGAUGGUUUGUAAGCCUAGUAUCAAGAACAUCACCAUCAUCUUUAAACCACUCAAUAGAUUCAUCAAGGAUAUUGAGGCUUCUAUGAAUGUCACAAAUGGAAACCAUUGCACAUUACAUCAUUUUGUAAGUGACUUUGUGAAGGAAAUCUUCUUAGGAUAUCUUCAAGGUGACAUUGAGGAAGAUCUUCAAGCUGCUACCAAAGGAAGUGAAUCCCUGAAGUCGCUGGUGGACAUGCAGACCCAGAAGACCUUGGGCGCCCCCUGUCCUUUACUUCAAGCAGUGGUUACCAUGGACAAGGCCGUGUCCUCGCUCCGGCAACUGACCACCGACUUGCCGUCGUAUGCUGACCAGUUCCUUCAGAUGUUGUGCACCAUCCUACAGGAUUACAAGGAGACCUGUUAUGCAACUUACAGAGGCCUGGUUCAACCGGAAUCAGAAGACAAGAGAAUCUUCAGUGCUUCGUGGGUGAAGGAUACCGGUAUCAACCAAUGUCUACGCUACCUACCCAACUGGCUCAACCUCCAGGAAGAGAGAAAAGCUGAUAAAGACUCCAUCGAUCAGGUUCCAGAAACCAUUGAAGAUAUCCGAGAGAGAAACGAAAAGGAGUCUGAAUUACUGGUGACAAACUUAGGAGACAAGCUUCUCCAGACACAUGAAGUGCUGACCGAUCUAGGUUCUCUGCGAUUACUUGCCAAUCUUCAUGAAAGUCUGGAAUGGUUUGCUUGUCGGGUAAGAAACUUUGCCGGCCUUUUACCCAGCCAGGGAUUCAACACGCUCACAGUUCCAGGCUCGGUAUCGUUGGAAAUACCUCCAGUGGAUAUGAGUCUUUUACAUUCCCUGAUUGGUCUGGCCAAAGAGUUCCAGGACCUAGCUGACACAUGUCUGUUGGUUCUUCAUCUGGAAGUCAGACUUCACUGUUUCUUCUUCCUAAUGCCAGUAACUAAACAAUCAAGUUUCUUUACAAGUGUUGAUAGCGUGGAUCCAGACCCUAAUGUUAUCAAACUGAGUAAGGAUCUUACCAGUCUGGAGGAAGCACUGCAUACCAGUUUGCAUCCAGCUAAGUUUAAGUACGUGUUUGAAGGGUUGGGUCAUCUGGUAAUGUAUCUCCUUAUCAACAGCUCACAGUACAUCAAGAGAAUUAACGAGAACGGUAUCAAGAAGAUGUGCCGGAAUAUCUUCAUUCUACAGCAAAACCUGACAAAUAUCACCAUGUCAAGAGAGACUGAUUUGGACCAUGCUAGGCAGUACUAUGAACUCAUGUAUAAGACUACGGAUGAUAUUCUGAACAGCAUUGUAGAGCAAGGAGCUGCUUUCAAGGAACUGGAGUAUCGGAACAUAAUCAACCUUCUACAUCGCAGCAGCUCGGCUUAUGAUCAGAAGUCACUCGGGCAGAGACUGAAGAAGCUCGAAGAGAUCAUGACCGAGGCGGUGUAGAGUGGUCCUGAGACGGCAGGAGACCCAAAGACUAUAAAAGACAUUGUGAUGGAUGUGCGAUAGAAGCAGAUUUAGAGGCUGGGGAUGCUACAAGAAAGAAAUCAGAGUUUAUAAUAGGUCAUGACGGAAUAUCUCAAAGUGGCCUUGUGAUGCCUAAAAUCCAAAGACUCCAAAGAAGUUUGAAGACUCCAAAGAAGUUUGAAGACAUCGUGAUUGAUGUGCAUCAGCAACAGAUCAAGAGACUGAGGAUACUGAAAGAAUGGAAACCAGCGUAAGAGGUCAUGACUGAAGUAAGCUAGACCUGUGUCGGCAGCAAAGCUGUAGUGGACGUGCAACAGUGGCAUAUCCAAAGGCUUGGAUGCUUAAACUGUCAAAAUUGAAAGGUUCUGAUUAAAUUUUUGUUUAAGCAUACCUAAUAUGGCAGCAGAUCCAGAGACUAAAAAAUAAGCUUGAAAACAUUGUAAUACAUGUUCAACAGUGACAUAUCUAGAUGCUGGGUAGCUUGUAGUAGUCCGGGUUGAAAGGACAUGACUGAAUCUGUAAAAUGUGGACCUGGACCAUUUCAUGAAAGUUGUCAGCACUGACAAGCUGUUUUUCUCUGACAGUUACCAUAGUAACAGUCAGAGGCUAGUGCUUCUUAGCCAAUCAAAACCAAGGAUUUCAUUAAAAUUGUCAGCACUGACAAUUUAGUUGGUAUUGACAUCUUUCAUGAAACACCCACCUGCAAUGGCAACAGACUCAGACAUCACAGGGAUUUAAGAUAUCAUAACCGACUUGUAGAAUUGGCAGACCUAGAGGUUGAGGACUCUAAGGAAAUCAAUAAAAAAUAGAAUACAGCAGUGGCAAGUACAGACACUUCGAGAAGAGCUCAAAGGAGAAUGGAACCUUCGAAAGAAAUGGGCUUGUGUGGAAACAGAUAAAUCAGAGAAUAAGAUCAAAGAAAGUUUUAGAAAAAUGAGACAGUUUUGAGCAUUUGAAUAUUGCGAUUACUAAUGCUAUGGAGAUUCUCCCAUUGGCAAUGCAACAAAAAUGAGUGAUGUCACAUGUAGAUAACUGUCCCUUUGAUGGACUAUUAUAAAAUACCUCCAAAAUGUCUCUUUUUGCUCUUAUGGUGAUACAAACUCUUUAUCCUUAAUGUAUUCUUUGAAAAUCUAUGUUACAUGCUGUCCUAUAGAAAGAAUACAUGAUCUACUGAUAGAUGUGAUAAAAGAGGCUUUUUGAGUGAAAUAUAUACAAAAGUCAUGGCAAAGUUGUUCACAUGUGACAACAAAUUUUUGCCACAUUUUCGAUGGGAGGAGCUACAUUACAAUAAUGAUCUAAACUUCAAAUGCUCAUAAUUUUCUAAUUAUUUAUUCAAUUUUUCUCAAAUUUUAAUUUUUCUAUUUUUGCACAAGCUUUCCUGAUUCAGUCAUGAUCAUAGUGGGCAAUACCCACAGACUGAAAUUCCUUGGGGGGUUCAUGACCGAAGCCGUAGAAAGAAGCAGAAAAUGUAGAAACUGAAGAAGUAUCAAGAUGCGCAUUUGGAAACAUUGAACAAAAAUUUGUCAAGUUGAGAAAGCCUAGAAAAUCACAUUGCCAGUAUUUUGUUUAUAUGACUCAAUCUCCUGAUAAAGAGUUAAUACUCUUUGUUGUCAUUAUCCUGCCUUUUUACUACUUUUGAAAUAUUUUCGGUAGUGAGUGGUGUAUCCCCCGAUGAUCUGCCAGUUUGUAGCCAAUAGCCUUCUAUAAGGAAGAAUACAAGUUUGAAACAUUUGUUUUCAUCAGGGUUCCGUAAUGCAAAUGAUAGCGAUUAAUUGUAAGCUUGAUUUUGAUGAUUAAGUGUACAUUGUUGUCAAUGCAAUCAAUGGUAAGAAAAAUGUUCAAUGAUGAUUGCUAUAAAGCUUUGUGCUACGGGCCCUUGGAUAAACAUUUCGACUCAUAUUUUUGCACUGCUUGUAAUUUUUUCUUUUAAAUUCAUUUAGACACACUCUAUAUUGAUAAUGAAACUAGUAUAACAGACACUUGGUCAAGCCAGAAUCCAGUAUAACUAGGAAGUCAAGGUGUUGUGGCUCAGUGGAUAAGCCUCCAGACUUUGAACCACAAGGUCCAAGGUUCAAAUCCCACCAUGUCACUCAUGUCCUUUUGCAAGGCGUAUAUCAACAUUUGCCACUCUCCACCCAGGUGUAGUAAAUGGGUACCCGGUAGGAAGGAAAUCCUUGAAUGCUCGAGCACCCGAUCUGGGUAGCCGUGCUAAAGCCUUGCUAACAGUAUGCAGUGGUUAGAAACAUUGUAUUAAGUGCUACAAUGUAUAUGAAUGUUGCAUAUUAUUAUUAUCAUCAUUAUUACUACUAUUACAGGCUUAACACUAUUUCAUUGAUUGAGUAAUAAUUGAGUAAUGGGAGGCAUGAUAGCUCAGUCGGUAGAGCAGGGGUUUGGGAACCCAGGUUCAAUUCUCUCAUGGUGCGCUGGUGCCCUUUAGUAAGGCGUUUAUCCUCAUUACCAGGAGAGGACCUUAAGCCUUUAGUGUUCUGGUUGCUUGCUAUUAAGCAUUCAUGCUUUCUUAGCAAUCCGGUAAAAAAUCAUCAUUUUGAGAUAUUAUUAGUUCAAAAAUUACCUUUGGAAAUUUCUGACAUCAAUCCCCAAAGGAGUGGCACGCUUGAGUAAUAAUAUGAUACAAAAUCUUGCCUUAUGAUUUUUUUUCUUUAUUGUAAUACAUUUAUUUAUAUUCAUUUAGCUGGUAACCUAAGUGCCCUAAUUAUCAGUAUUUGACAUGAUUUUACACUAUAGGCAACACUAAAAAGACAUGACACCACCAUCCCAAAAUAUUACAAAUAACUGUGUGGAUCAUGUACGAUUUCAAUUCAAGUCAAUGGGCAUUUAGCAUACUAUCUUUCUACAGGUAUCAACCAAGUCUGUUGGUAUAUGGGCUCCUGUAUUCAAAUCUAAAUUAUUUUGUUACUGAAUAACCAUAUCUAUUCUGAGCUUCUACUUAAUUUAUAGAAAAAAAGGUAGAUAUAUUGUGAUGAAAUAUGUGCAAUAUGAGUAUUGUACCAAAUUUAUGUGUACUUGUAUAGAAAGUUGUCUAUUGUAAUAUUUGCAUGAUGAAGUUGCAUGUUAUGAGUAUGUGAAAGUUCUUACCCGUCUACAUUCGUUUCUUUUUCAGGAAAAAAGUGUUAAAGGGGAAUAAUAUAAAUCAAAUUCACGUGUUUUUUUUCUAUAUAUAUAACAAAUACAUGUACUAUUUAUCAGUGAAUUAUAUUGCAAUAAAAUGUCUCUUGUCCACUGUCUUAUACCACAAAUAGAGUUGCAAGUGGGUUGCAAACCCUGAAUAUAUGAACAAUUUAUUCUAAUAUUUGUUUGUGUUUUUUUAUAAUUUAUGUUUUCUCUAAUCUGAGAUAGAGAGGACUACAAAUUUAUGUGAACAUAAAUUAGGGCUAUCCGAUAGAUAAGAAAAUCUAAAUAUUGUGACAUUGAAGUGUCAAUGAAUAGACGGUAAUAGUAGGUCCAUGGUAAUAUAUUUCCUCUCAUGAUGUUGCAAGCAAUCGAUAUCUAAAAGUUUCGCACGAAUAAUCUGCCUUGAAAAUCUAGAAAACCCAGACAUUCAUGAAUAUUAUGAUUCAUCCAGUAAACUUGGAAAUAUUAGUCAUAAAUCAUGCACUGGAAUUGAUUGAAAAUUUCUAUGAAGAAACAUACGAGUCUUGAUGUUUCACCAUCCACUGUUGGCUUCAUCUGGCAAAUGAUUUAUAACUGACUAAUGAUAUACCCAGACAUUAUCUGCAUUAUCCAAAUCCCGCUCACUAGGGUUCCAGUGAAAGGGUAAUAAAAAAAGGGCUGCCGUUCCAGCAUUAUUUUAUUUUGAUGCCUUAUACACUAUUGAAUCAUACCCUUUAAACUUUACAAGUUUGUCUAAUGUUGUAAAGCCUUGUUCCUUCCAUCAAGUCAUUCACUUUUAAAGUGAGAACAAAAAAAUCAUAAUAUAUUCCUAAUUCUGUGAUAUUUUCUUUCUUGCUCAUUCCUGCUAAAUGUGCCUUUGUUACUAUGAAUUCUAGAACCCAUCUAAAUACUUAAGUAAUCAAUAAAUCUGUGUUUAGUUUCUACUUUUAUUACAGAAUUAUGAUCGAAUUUUGAAUCUAUCUUGAUAUUGUAGAGAAUUGUUGCUAGAAACUGUAAUGAAAACUUACACCAACUCAUUACAAUCUUUCAUACCAUUUUUUUCCUUUCUAUUCAUAUAUGAUGUUAAAUUAUUUAAUUGCAUUUUUUUUUUUAAAUCAACUUUUCAUGUCCCCCUCGCCUAUUUUGUAUGUGUGAAUUUUCUUUUGAUAAUAAUUAUGUGUUUAGUGGACUCUAGAUGUUAACGAGCCCUCACAGCAUCUAGUGCCAUGCAAAUCAUCCAUAGAUAUAAAUUUAUAGAUUUAGGAUGAAGUAAAGAAAGAAGUCAUAGACAUGGUAAUUUCUGUAUAGAUAAAUAUACUUGUACAGUUUAUUAUUGUACAAUGUACAUAGAAAUAAAGUAAACUUGUACAAUAAGAUACAAUCUA